AUGCUCAAAGUUAUUAACCAUUACAAGAUCUUUAUAAAAACACUUAAAAUCACUUUUGAAGAAGUUGAAGAACAAAAUGCAGCAACACAGCAGUUACAGAACAUGUGGCAGAAAACAUCACCACAAGAAUAUGCUAUGAGAUUUCAACAAGUAUGCAUCAACACAGAUUGGGACAAUGAGGCUCUAGCUGAUACUUUCUAUCAAGGACUAUUCAACAACAUGAACAACAAGACCACAUGCAUGGAGAAACAACCACAAAAUCUGACUGGAAUGAUCAAAGUGACAGUUAGGAUUGGAAAUUAA